AUGCACAAGCGUCAAGAAGUUGAUUGUUCUUCAAUUGAAAAGAAUAAUAUUAUCAAUCUUGCAGAUGUUAUGGAUUACGUUUAUAAUAAUCUUAUAGAAUACAAAAACUUGAAUGAAGAUUUUGAAGGACAUACACAUUUUCACCUUCAAUUUUUUAUUGAUUCAGAUUCAAUUUAUGAAGAAAUUUUAGUUGAUAUCGAUAUUACUGAAAAAGACAAAGAUUUAUACAUUGCUAAUUUAAUUGUAAAUAUGAUUAGAGAAUAUCGAUAUGCCGAUAAUGAACUUGAUUCUGUAAAAAAAUUUCUUGAAACACAAAAUCAAGAAAUUCUUUUUUUUGAAGACCAUGCCUUUGCUUUCGUAACAUCAUUCAUAGAUAUAUUGUUACAAAAUUUAUUAGUAGAAAUAAUGACUGAUGCUACUUUCAAUAUGAAUAAAUUAAAAUAUGAAUUGUAUAGUGUUAUAGCAAUUAUAGACAGCACAGGAUUUCCAAUCUCAUAUUUAUUUGUAUCAGCUGGCAAAAAUCAUAACCUUACUUAUACUAUUUCUACAUGGUUUGCAGCAUUAAAAACACGACGAUUAACAAAUAUAAGUAUAUUUUAUACUGACAAAGACCUUUGUCAAAUUAAUGCUGCUAGAACUAUAUGGCCUAAUGUCAAUAUACAAUUGUGCUUAUGGCACAUUAAUCUUUUGCUUGAUCUAACAAAUGCAAAUAAAAAAACAACUGGUUUUCAACUAGAUGAUAAAGAAAUUUGUAUAGAUAUCAAAAAUCUUAUGACAAAACAUUUUAAUAGGCACAUGCUAUUACCAAAAAAGGAUAAGACUUUUACAACAAAUCAACAAGAAAUAUGGAUUGAAUGCGUUAGUGAAAUAAAUAAUAAAUAUUCACUAAACAAUUCUACUGAAAGAUCUAAUAAUGAUGAAAUACAUGAAAUUAAUGAAAAUAAAAUGUUCGAAAUAAAUGAUAGCUUUAGAGAGAUUAAGCAAAAACAUUCAGAAUUGUCACAAGUUUUAAAUGAA